CAAUCUCAUUUAAGAUUUGAAUCUAUCCGAAGUGUGUUCUAGCUCAGGUGAUCCGAACUUGGGUUCCACAGUUUGUCUCUUUCAAAUUUUGUGAUAUAAGUGUCAUAUUUAAGGACAAUUGAUUAAUUCAAUCAACUCUUCUCUUUAUCCUUUCACUUGGUUUUGUUUCUCAUCGAUAUUCUUUCCGUGAUUCUUUCCUUUUAGUGUAAUUUCGAGGCUUGUUUUUUUGUUGUCCAUCAAUUGUGAUUACCAAAGCGAUUACCAAUUGUAUUCAACAUUUUUAUUCCAAGUUAAUGAUUUUUUCAAGAUCCAACCUCGAUAAGUGAAGAAGAGGUUUGACAAACGAUAUAAAUAAGAUUGCGCUUCGCUCUAUUACUUUCCGUGAUCAUCAGCAAAUUCAUUUUGUUAAAACUGAUAUACAUAAUAUCAAUACUAAACGCCGCUUCUCAUCGAUAUCGUCUUCAUUUUCAUCACCACCAUCCUGAUUGUCAACCAACUGUAAACCAAUUGAAUAAUAAAAGGAAAAGUAACAAGUUGAAUUAGCAUCACCAGACCUCAUCAAAAACAACUUAAUUCAAUCAAUAAAAUAUCUUGUACCGAUCGUUACAACUUCAUCAACGUGAUUGUGAACAUCAUCGUCAUUAUUUGCAUCACUAACAGCUCCAAUUUUUUUCACUACCUGACAAAGUAAAAAGAAUCAAUUAAAUUUAAAAAUGGAAUCAGUAAUGGGAAUGAUUAAAUAUUGGUGCCAUGAUUUUUGGGAAAUCUAUGGUGACCAUAGGAUAAGUCACUUGCCCUUAUUGAAAGGUGGACCAUGGCAUGUAAUUGGUUUAACCCUCUUCUACCUCUACUUUGUUAAAGUUAUGGGUCCAAGGAUGAUGAAGGAUCGUCAACCCUAUGAAUUACGAGGAGUCAUGUUAGCUCACAAUACUUUUCUCGUUUUACUCAAUGGUAUUGGUUUUCUUGUAGGCAUGUGGGGAACAAAUUGGGGACUUGACACACUUAAAUGUCGACCCUUUGAUCCAUCAAGUUCAGCCACUCAAGAUCGUAUCCUCUUUUACUUGGGUUACACCUAUUACGUCUCCAAAUUCAUCGAUUUUCUUGACACUGUCUAUUUUGUUUUACGUAAAAAAUAUAGUCACAUAACACCUUUACACGUCUUUCAUCACACCAUGAUGCCUUUCUGGUGUUACAUUUUCUUCAAAUUUUCAUCAUACACAAAUAACGGCUUCAUUCCAUUGAUCAAUGCUUUUGUUCACACCGUUAUGUACAGCUAUUAUGCUCUGUCCGCUCUUGGUCCACACAUGAAGCCCUACCUGUGGUGGAAAAAGUACAUUACACAAUUACAAUUAGUUCAAUUUUGUCUUGCCACCGUUCACUCACUUGUAAUGUUUGCUGACCAAACCUGUACUUGUUCCAAAUUCCUCAUCUCAUUACAAGCAGCCCAUGGAAUACUUUUCCUUUUCCUGUUUGGCGAUUUCUACAAGAAGGCUUACCUUGCCAAAAAACCAUCUAAAGGUGUUUCCUCCAAAAAGAUUGCCGCCAAAGUGAAUUAAAACACCAACUUGAAAAGAGACUGAAACAAUAUUAAAGUGGAAAAAUAUUAGUUGAAAGAGUUGAGAAAACAAAAAGACUGCGAAAAUUAGAAAAAACCGUUUUUAAAUUGAAGAUACACACAAAAGAUACAAGAAAUAUAAAAACAAAUACCCAAACGAUCAAGUUGAAAAUGUUGACAAACCAACAACAGGCAACAAGCAAAAUUGAAUCAUCAAGUUUUAAUUAAUAUGGAACAAUCUAAACAUGGGCCAACUCAAUUAAUAAAAUAAAUAGAACCAUUAAUAGUUACAGUCGACACUUCAUUAACAAUUGUAGUUAACCAAAUUUUGUGGAGAAAAGAUAAUUUCGUAAAUUUCAAUCAUUUGCCAUCAUUUUUAGAUAAAGUGUGACAUUUAGUUUCACAACAGCAAAAUCAUUGUUUUUGAACUGACCGGGUUCAUUUACUAUGCUUUUGUUUCAACUAAUCAAUUUCAACUCUAAUUUGAAUAUUGAUUUAUUUCAUUUAUUUUUAAUGGAGUAAAAAAUUGGAUUUUAUUUAUACUCAACAUCAUCGACUAUCAUCAUAAUCAUCAUCAACAUCAAACAUCAUCAUCAGCAACAGCAUUAAUUUCCAACAUACUCUGACAAGUUUUGUUUCUCUUUUAUAUUAACUGCAACUAUCCAUCAUUCAUCUUAUUUCAUCUUCCUUUAUAUUUUUUUGUUACUCAACUGGAUUCUUUAGUUUCCUUUAACAAACAUCACUAUUAUCAUUAACAUAAGUAUUAAGUUUAUAAUGCUACAUUCAUCAUGAUCAUCAAAAUCUGGAUAAACUUUUAUUUAUUUAUCUGACCAUCCAUGAAAGACUAAGACAUCAACUCAUCGCCAGUCAAAUUUCCAAACCAAAUUUCCGUUAAAAAUAUCUAAUCUUUGGAUCAAUACUUGAAACACUCAAAAUGAAUUUCCAGUCAGAACAUUGUCAUAAUUUUACUUCGCCAUCAUCAUUGCAUCAUAAAUUUCAUCUACUUUUCAUCGCCAUUGCAUCAAAUCAAAAGCUUCAGAACUAUCAGUUGUAAAUACGAGACUUAAAUAUAGAGGAAAAGAUCAACCAACGAUCAAGGGAACAAAUUAACACAGUAAACCAGCAAAAGCUCCCAGCAGAUCAACAAAGACAACUUCACAUCUAAAUGUGCUACGGGUUAAAUUGUCACAAUUAUGUACAAUGAUAUUUCAUAACGCACAAGCAAUCUUUGUUGUCUUCAUGUCAAUUGAUUGAUCUGACAUCGAUGAUUUAAGAUCGACUAAGAAACAAAAGAAACAAAUCAACGUCCAUCACUUCUAUGAUGAAACGAUAAAUGUGCCUU